CCCGGGCAGGGCCUGCAGCUGCCGGGCAUGGGAGGGCGGCCGGCGGCGGAGGGCGCCUGAGCGCGGCCGAGGGACCGCGCCGUGGCCUCCUGUCGCUGCGCGCUCCGCUCCGGGCUCCUUACAGUUCGUAGCCAAGAUCGAGCUGGCUGGCUGCAGGGACCCGGCCCUGUGGCGGCGGCGGCGGCGGCGGCGUGGUACUCUCUCGCUGUCCAGUUGAAUUAGUGGUGCUGUCCCCCGCGCGAUGCGCUGAGGGAGCCCAGAUCCCUAUACCAGCGUCGCUGCUGCGCCCCGAGUCGCCGACCCCAUGGGACCAGCGGGCACCACGCGCAGCGUGCGGGCGCCACCGUCUCGCCUGCUGUUGCUGCUACUGUUUCUGCAGGUGGCAGUGCCGGCGGGCGCGCUGGCCGAGACCCUGCUGGACGCACCCGGGGCCAGGGGUGCCAGCUCCAACCCGCCAAGCCCAGCCAGCGUGGUGGCCCCGGGAACGACGCCGUUCGAGGAAAGUCGGUUGCCCGUGUUCACCUUGGAUUACCCCCACGUGCAAAUCCCUUUCGAGAUCACGCUGUGGAUACUACUGGCUUCGUUGGCCAAGAUUGGUUUCCACCUCUAUCACAAGUUGCCCACCAUUGUGCCUGAGAGCUGCCUUCUCAUAAUGGUUGGACUUCUACUAGGUGGGAUCAUCUUCGGUGUUGAUGAAAAGUCUCCCCCCGCCAUGAAGACAGAUGUGUUUUUCCUGUACCUCCUUCCACCCAUCGUUCUGGAUGCUGGCUACUUCAUGCCCACUCGCCCCUUCUUUGAGAAUUUUGGCACCAUUUUCUGGUAUGCUGUGGUAGGCACGCUGUGGAACUCCAUUGGCAUUGGGGUGUCUUUGUUUGGCAUCUGCCAGAUUGAGGCGUUUGGCCUGAGUGACAUCACGCUGCUGCAGAACCUGCUCUUUGGCAGCUUGAUCUCGGCCGUGGACCCUGUGGCCGUGCUCGCUGUCUUUGAGAACAUUCACGUCAACGAACAGCUCUAUAUCCUGGUCUUCGGCGAGUCCCUGCUCAAUGACGCUGUCACAGUGGUCCUGUACAACCUGUUCAAGUCAUUCUGCCAGAUGAAAACCAUCCACACGGUCGACGUGUUUGCCGGCAUCGCCAACUUCUUCGUGGUGGGAAUCGGCGGGGUGCUCAUCGGCAUCCUCCUGGGAUUUAUAGCAGCCUUCACCACCCGUUUCACACACAACAUCCGAGUCAUCGAGCCGCUUUUUGUCUUCCUCUACAGCUACUUGUCCUACAUCACAGCUGAAAUGUUCCACCUCUCGGGCAUCAUGGCAAUCACAGCAUGUGCCAUGACAAUGAAUAAGUAUGUGGAAGAGAACGUGUCUCAGAAGUCCUACACGACCAUCAAGUACUUCAUGAAGAUGCUGAGCAGCGUGAGCGAGACCUUGAUCUUCAUCUUCAUGGGCGUGUCCACCGUUGGGAAGAACCACGAGUGGAACUGGGCAUUCGUCUGCUUCACCCUGGCCUUCUGUCUGAUCUGGCGAGCACUGGGUGUCUUUGUCCUGACUCAAGUGAUUAACUGGUUCCGGACCAUUCCCCUGACCUUCAAGGACCAGUUCAUCAUUGCCUACGGAGGGCUCCGAGGUGCCAUCUGUUUCGCCCUGGUCUUCCUCCUCCCUGCUAAUGUGUUUCCCCGAAAGAAGCUGUUCAUCACGGCCGCCAUUGUCGUUAUAUUCUUCACUGUCUUCAUCCUGGGGAUAACCAUCAGACCACUGGUGGAGUUCCUUGAUGUUAAGAGAUCCAAUAAGAAGCAGCAAGCCGUCAGUGAAGAGAUCCACUGCCGGUUUUUUGAUCAUGUGAAGACCGGGAUUGAAGAUGUUUGUGGACACUGGGGUCACAACUUCUGGAGAGACAAGUUUAAGAAAUUUGAUGACAAAUACCUUCGGAAGCUCCUGAUUCGGGAAAACCAACCCAAGUCUAGCAUCGUGUCCUUAUAUAAAAAGCUUGAGAUAAAACAUGCCAUUGAGAUGGCGGAGACUGGAAUGAUAAGUACCGUCCCCUCGUUUGCGUCUCUUAAUGAUUGCCGUGAAGAAAAAAUAAGGAAGCUCACACCUGGUGAAAUGGAUGAAAUUAGAGAGAUACUAUCAAGGAAUCUCUAUCAAAUCCGUCAGCGGACCUUGUCGUAUAACAGACACAACCUGACAGCGGACACAAGCGAGAGACAAGCCAAGGAGAUCCUGAUCCGCAGACGGCACAGCCUUCGGGAGAGCCUCAGGAAGGACAACAGCUUGAAUCGGGAGCGCAGGGCUUCCACUUCAACCUCCCGGUAUUUAUCCUUACCUAAAAAUACAAAGCUUCCAGAGACACUCCAGAAGAAGAAGAAAAGAAUUUCAACUGAAGAUGGCAAUAGCAGCGACUCGGACACAGAUGCCGGGACCACCGUGCUCAAUUUGCAGCCUCGGGCCAGGCGCUUUUUGCCAGAUCAGUUCUCCAAGAAAGCCUCCCAGGCCUACAAAAUGGAGUGGAAGAACGAGGUGGAUGUGGGUUCUGCCCGAGUGCAGGCCAGCACCCCUCCGGCACCCCGCAGUAAAGAGGGGGGCACCCAGACACCAGGGGUCCUGAGGCAGCCCCUGCUCUCCAAAGACCAACAGUUCAGCCGAGGCAGGGAAGACAGUCUAACUGAAGACGUGCCACCCAAGCCCCCACCGAGGCUGGUGCGACGGGCCUCAGAACCCGGGAACAGGAAAGGCCGCUUGGGCAAUGAGAAGCCAUGAUAGAAAAAGCCAAAGCAGGCUUGGGGUGAAUGAGCUAGCGUGGCUGUGGCUUGUUACUCAGACCUGACCAGCUGUGGAAUCCAUGUAAAACCAUCUAUCUAGAAACAUCCGUUGGGUGGUAGAGUCAAGCUACUGAUUCACGGGAGGAGCACUUACCUAUCCCAAGAGGAGGAAAGUCGAAGGAAGUCCCACAAAAUGACUUUUGCGACUUUUGGCCAGGAAAUAUAUUCUUUGCAGGCCUGAAGGAAAAAAAAAUAUAUGUGUGCCUUUAUUGAACUUGAAUGACAGAACUUGAAGAUUUUAACACACCUUUGUUGGUGAAAAUUUUAAUAUAUUACAAAUAUGCCUCAGUUUUUAUUUAUGAAAAAAAAAAUGUUUAUCUGUAGUGACCGUGUUUGAAGGGGAUGGCGCUAAAAGUGGUGAGAACAUCUUUCCCAGGGGGUGAAGAUCAGCUCCUAGAGGUGGGUCCUAAGUUCCAGCUCCCACCUGUCCCAUCCUGAGCUGAUGGACCACUCGGUGAAGGACAAGGUUGCCCACAGCAGAGAUCUUGGUGUGUAGCAGCAGGGCACUGGUUGAAAUGUGUAGGCAGAUGAAACAGCAUAGCUUUCAGGGUGUAGGGUGGAAGUCCGUGUUAGCAACUUUGAAACAAUGAAGGGCAGGCGGCUCUUAACCUGUUCCUGUGUUUACCAUGGCUUUGGAGUAAUGUAUAAUCCCCACCUCCUCUUUUUUUUUUUUUUUUCCCUAGGUACAGAAGGAAAGAUUUGCUUGAGCAAAAUCAUUUCGUAGUGUUUAUAGACUUGGUGGCAGCUUCUGAGAUGUCCCACCUGUGAGGACCUCUUGUGGCCAGUGGGGAGACAGGGCAGCAAUUACUGACCGCGUGGGUUUUAUAUUGUGUGAUACUGGGAGAAAAAGGGGGGUGGUUCCUUUUAUAUGCACCCAUGACCACCUGCUGUAAUAAAAUUGUCCUGUAGUACAUUCUAGCUCUGAGCUGGGAAGGGUGAAAACUUUCACAAGCCGUCUUCCAUCGCUGAAGGAAAUGGUAAGUCAUCGGGUUUUGACCUUUGAUGAGGAAGCACUUUUUGGAGAGAAAUCCUACUUUUUGCACUAGUCUAUAAUUUGUUACCUCCUCACCUUUCGACGAUGUAGUGACUUAAAUUUGUCAUUAAAAAAUCAGAUUCUAUUCUCUGGAGUACUUUUUAGGAGUAUGGCAGAGAAAAACAGUGGGACACAAUCAUUAAAGAUUCAUAUUUAAAUCAA